AUUCAAGCUAUAAUUUACCAAACUCGCCACCUCACUUUCAACCAAUACGUCCACGCCCACUCACUACAACAUGGCCGCCCAAACCACCAACAAACCCGACGUGGACCCCUCCGUUACAUCUGCCUGGCAGACAUCAGAUGUUGCACAACGUUACAAGGCCAUUGAGAGUGCGACACGGCCUUUCGCUAAAAUUAUGUUUGAGGUCGCCGAACGACUUACAACGCUCAAAUCUACUCCAGUGAACAUCUUCGAUCUUGGAUGCGGUACAGGUGCGGUGGAGGCGGAGAUUUACGCAGCCGUGCCGAGGGCGCAAUGGUCGGAUUUACAAGUGCUAGCCGGCGACAUCAGUCAACCUAUGCUGAGCUAUCUCAAGCAGAGGGGCGAAGAGGAAGGGUGGAGCGGGUUGGAAACCAAGGUCGUGGACGGCACGAAACUCGACGAGAGUGACGUGGGUGAACAGUUCACGCACAUCUUCGUCGGCUUCGCUAUCUUUGUCUUGCCGCCUGAUACCCUCACGAAGCUUACGGAGAAAUUGCAAGCCGGAGGCACGCUGGCGAUCAGUACGUGGGCGACCCUCCCCUGGUACUCUUUCCUCGCCCGCACGUAUGCGAAUAUAUCCAACGGCCCCGAACUACCGAGUCAGGCGCAGCUUUGGAAGAGUAUGUCGAACGGACGCCCCUGGGGCGACGUGUCCUUCCUGAAGCAACAGCUCGAAGAGGCGGGACUUCAGAAGGUCGAGAUCACGCAGAAGAAGUUUCAUUUGGAGUGUGGGACGCCAGAUGUUUGCAUGACGACAAUGGAAUUCGUACUGGGGAUGUUAAGUAAGCAAUGGCCGGAGGAGAAGAGGGAGGGGUGGGCGAAGGAGGUGGCGGAGAAGAUGAAGGAGGUUUUUGUGCAGGAGGCGGGUGGGGAGGGGGAGAACGUGUACAUGGACUUUGAGGGGAUUGUUACGGUGGGGUUGAAGGGGCAGUGAACGUUGGAAGACCCGAAGCGAGACUUGAGCGGUCAGCGUUAGUCCGAAUCGAGGCAGAGAGGUGGGAGACAGCAAUGAUCGUAAGAAGAUGUGGUUGGGUAUUUCCUCAAUAGUAGCCGCAAAUGCAUCAAUGCCCU